AUGGCAUUAGGUAUAGUCCCAGCAAUUUAAUCAGCAGUUCUUUCCGUACCAUGGCCAAGUGGAAUUAGAUCACUCUUAGUCCAUCCAGCUGGACCAUUUACCAUUUUCUUUUGGGCUCCAACAUUUAAAUGGAUGAUUACAAUCGCUAAUAUUGGAGAUUUCAAGAAGCCAGCAGAAAACAUUUCUGUAAAUCAAUAGUUAGCUAUCUUCUGCACUGGAUUUAUCUGGUCAAGAUAUGCAACCUAAAUUACACCCAUUAACUAUAACCUUAUGAUUGUUAACUUGUUCAUGGCUCUUCAAGUGCCAGCUGAGAAAGGUGGCUUCUGGGGUGCCAAAAAGGCAUGA